AGAGUCGCGCGCCGCUCAUUCCUCUAGCGGAGGAGCGCAGAGGAGCGCGCGCGAGAGAGAUAGAGCGAGAGAGAGAGAGAGAGAGAGAGAGAGAGAGAGAGAGAGAGAGAGAGAGGAAAAGAGAGCAACUCCGCUUCCGCUUCAGCAUGGAUUUACCGCUCAGAGCGAAACGCGCAGCGCUCAUCAAACUCGCCCUGGUGCUCUGCUGUGUCCCUCUGUCCUCCUGCAAAGAUGACUGUGACAGUCCACUGGUGUCCCAUCUCCCGCAAUCAGCCUUCAGGAGUUCAUCCCAGCUGUCCAACAGCCACGGACCCGGCUAUGCCAAACUCAACAGGAGAGACGGGGCAGGUGGAUGGUCACCACUCAACUCCAAUAAGUAUCAGUGGUUGGAGAUCAAUCUUGGGGAGAGGACUGAGGUCACAGCUGUCGCUACCCAGGGCAGAUACGGCAGUUCAGACUGGGUAACUCAGUACCUUCUCAUGUUUAGUGACACAGGCCAUAACUGGAGACAGUAUCGACAGGAGGACAGCAUUGGGGUAUUCUCAGGGAACACGAACGCAGACAGCGUAGUGUCCUACAAGCUCCAGCAGCCGGUGUUCGCUCAGUUCCUCCGUGUGCUGCCUCUGGACUGGAAUCCCAAUGGAAGAGUCGGGUUACGGCUCGAGGCGUACGGCUGCCAAUACGAAUCGGACGUGGCCGGCUUCGAUGGAGCCAGCUACGUGCUCUUCUGGCUCGAUGCAGCUACCAGUUCAUCACCCAAAGACCUGUUAACUAUGAACUUCAAAACCCUUCACAACUCUGGAGUCCUGAUGCACAUGGAAGGCAAUCAUGGACACACCCUCACUCUGGAGUUACUCAAAGGAAAACUCUUCGUACAUCUCAGCAAAGGCAAUUUUAACACUGCGGUGUCACUAGGCAGCCUGCUGGAUGACCAACACUGGCAUCGCAUUAGCAUCGAGCGACUCAGAGGACAUGUCAACUUCACCGUGGACAAAAGCACGCAGCAGCUCCAACUCCCCGAACACCAGAGUCACUUUGAGGUUAACGAGAUCAGUUUCGGUGGCGUUUCAGCUGACGGGACUCAGAGAGAAAACUCCAGGAGGAACUUCCACGGCUGUCUGGAGAACGUGCAGUACAACGGCGUUAAUGUGAUCGACCUGGCUAAAAAGAAACAGCUCACCGUAGUGGGAAACCUCACGUUCGCCUGUUUGGAGGCCGUCGACGUGCCGGUGACGUUCGCCAACUCGGAGAGUUUCCUUCAACUGCCGUAUACGUCGACACGUGACAUCAUGUCAGUCGGAUUACAGUUCCGAACCUGGAACAAGGCGGGCCUGCUGAUGACCUUUGACCUCCAGCACCAAGUGGGAACACUAUGGGUUUACCUGAGUGAGGCGAGGGCGAGGAUGCAGGUCCACAAGGCUGGCAGGGUUUUAACGGACAUCACAGCAGGGUCAGCGCUGAACGAUGGCCAGUGGCACUCUGUGGAUUUGAGUGUCCGCCGAGGGCGUCUGAUCCUGGCAGUGGACAAAUCGGACAUGUCCACCAUCACCACAUCCUUCCCUGUCGGUCCAGCGAACCAGAUCUUUUUCGGAGGAUGUCCAAUUACAGGUGAUGGAUGCGAGAAGCCGUCCAGCGUUUUCCAUGGAUGCAUGCGCCUCAUCAAGCUGGACGAGGGAUUGGUGGAUCUGAUCAAGGUGCAGCAGAUGCUGAUCGGAAACUUCAGCGAGCUCCAGAUGGACAUGUGCGGAAUCAUCGACAGGUGCUCCCCGAGUCACUGCGAGCAUGGCGGGAGGUGCACACAGUCAUGGAGCACUUUCCACUGCGACUGCGCUGACACCGGCUACAGAGGAGCUACGUGCCAUAGCUCUGUUUACGAGGCGUCAUGCGAGGCAUACAAGCACCGAGGGAACACGUCAGGGCUGUACCACAUAGACGUGGAUGGAAGCGGACCCAUCAAGCCGCAGCUCAUCUACUGCAACAUGUCAGAUAAAGCUUGGACGGUGAUCCAACACAAUAACACCGAGCUCACCAAAUUACGGGCGUCCUCGGGGAGCGCUCAGCAUUUGGCCUCCUUUAACUAUUCUGCCGACGCCGAGCAGCUCGCGGCCGUAAUUACCCGAGCCGAGCGCUGCGAACAGGAACUCUCCUACCACUGCAAAAAGUCACGCCUCCUGAACACACCAGACGGUGCGCCGUUUACCUGGUGGGUGGGCCGGUCGGGAGACGCCCACACGUACUGGGCAGGGGCAGCACCGGGCACUCAGCAGUGCGGCUGUGCCGUCCACGACGACUGCGUGAAUCCGGAGCACUUCUGCAACUGUGACCGCGACCUCGACGACUGGCUGAACGAUUCCGGCGUCCUCUCUCAUAAAGACCAUUUGCCUGUCAGGCUGUUAGCGAUGGGGGACGUGAGCAGGCCGGGGUCAGAGGCAGCGUAUCGGGUCGGUCCCCUCCAGUGCUACGGUGACAAUGACUUCUGGAACGCGGCCCACUUCGAUAAGGAGACUUCUUACCUCCACUUCCCCACGUUCCACGGGGAGCUCAGUGCUGAUAUUUCAUUCUUUUUCAAGACCUCCUCCUCCAGCGGCGUGUUCCUCGAGAACCUGGGAAUUAAAGACUUCAUCCGAAUCGAGCUGAGCUUACCGACCGAAGUCGUUUUCUCCUUCGACGUGGGAAACGGGCCACUGGAGGUGCGCGUGAAGACUCCGGUCCCUCUGAACGACGAGCGCUGGCACCACGUGGUGGCCGAGCGGAACGUCAAAGAGGCGUCUCUGAGUGUGGACCAUUACCCCGGAUCAGUGCAGAAAGCCCCCACUGAGGGGCACAUCCACCUCCAGCUCAACAGCCAGCUCUUUGUGGGAGGAACCGCGUCGAGGCAGAAGGGCUUCCUGGGCUGCAUCCGGUCGCUGAAGUUGAAUGGGAAGACGUUGGAUCUGGAGGAGCGAGCGAAGAUCACACCCGGAGUCCGCCCCAGAUGCCCAGGCCACUGCAGCAGCUACGGGCACCUGUGUCAGAACCAGGGCCGGUGCCUAGACAAGCAUAACGGUUUCACCUGCGACUGUGGGGCUUCGUCAUACGCCGGAACUUUCUGUCACAAAGAGGUUUCUGCGUUUUUCCGACCCGACACCUCGGUGACGUACACAUUCAAGGAGCCGUACGAGCCGAACAGAAACGGCAGCGCGAUGUCCUCCUCUAUCUACUCAGACCUGAUGCUGAAAGGAGAGAACAUAUCUUUGAGCUUUCGCACCAGCCAGGCGCCAGUCAUUCUCCUUCAUGCCAGCUCGUACUACAGAGAAUUCCUCGCCAUCUUCCUGAACAGGAACGGUCAACUGGAGGUGAAGUACAAACUGCAGAAUAACAGAGAUGCUGACGUCUUCCGAUCAAACGUGAAGAACCUGGCCAAUGGACAGCUGCACCAAGUGUCUAUCAGGAGAGUCCUGGAGAGCCUCAGUAUUCAGAUUGAUCAGAACGCGAGGGAAGACUUCAACCUAUCAUCAGAUGUUGACUUCAACGCCAUCAAAGCCAUCGUCAUCGGGAAAGUGCCUGAGUAUGACGAGCUGGAUGCAGAGGUAACUCGUCUGGCUUCUCAAGGCUUUACCGGCUGCCUGUCGGUGGUCCAGUUCAACUCCAUCUCUCCUCUGAAAGCGGCGCUGCUUUAUCCACACACCAGUCCAGUUACUGUCACAGGGACACUGACUGAGUCCAACUGCGGCUCGUCCUCGUCAUCCAGUCCCUACGCAGCCGAGACCACCCACUCACUGUCGGAUCAUGUGGGCACUGUAGGAGAGCCCGUAGUCAAUGCAAUCAGCGGCGACUCGGCUUUGAUUGGAGGCGUCAUCGCCGUGGUGAUAUUCGUGAUCCUGGCAUGCCUGGCCGUCCUGGCGCGAUUCUUCUACAGACGGAAAGAGACGUUUCAGACCCAGGAGUCGAAGGGAGCGAAAUCGGAGGACGGUCCUGAAACCACGUUCAACGCUGACCACAGUGCGCAGAGCGUAAUCAGCGAAAGCCAAAAAGAGUACUUCAUAUGAUCAAAGCCUUUCCUUUUCGUCGUCGUCAUCAAACUUUCGGACUAAUCCAGGAUUGCGGAGGACAGAAAUGCCUCGCCGAGCCUUGACUGAGACGUUAGCGUUGUUGGUGAAUACACUGGAAAGACGUACCGAUCAAGACGUGAACGGGAACGCCGUAAAAAAAAAUUAUGUUUUUUUUGUACAUAGGUUGAAAAGUUCCAAAAUUUGCCACAGAUAACAGUGUUUCUAAGACGUGUACAAUGAUCUUCAUCUAUUGUAAAAAAUUCUUUUGAAAUGUACAUGUGGGGAAAAAAUAUCUUUGUAACUGUUACCUUUGCCUUUUAUUUUUUCGAUUUGUGCGCUUACAGUAAAGUACGCUGGAAAUGACUGUGUCAUACGGUGAGGUCCAAAAGACGUCCCUGCAGGAGUUUCAGAAAUGAACGCAAAAUCAAGCAAACGCCACAAUAUUCGGAGGAGCUCACAAUUUUUCGGAAUUAGUGCAGAUUUUCCCAAGAUUUUGGCCGAGACGCGUCGCGUGACAUCAUCAGAACACGCAUUCAGCCAAAGUGCAGCUAAAAGGUCUCCUUUACCAAGAGCAUCACUGGGAAAGACCGCGCAAAACUAUUUCGUGCAACUGCACUUUCGCCAAUUAAAAACAAAAAGCACAAAAACACCUCGUAAAUCACAAUCGCAAAUUUUGGAAAAACACCUCAGCGAAAUCGAGCGUUUUUGUCUGCGACAAUCACCAAAAAAAACUCGGUGAAAUCCUGUACAGACUGAGAAGACUGAGACUUUUACAUCAUUACAAAUUCUGUUAUGCGCAAUAUCUUGAGUGAAAGAUAGAAAUCUUAGAAAUCUUUCUGAAAUUUCAGAAUUUGAUAGUAUUCAGUACCGAACCUCCCGGGUUUGAUUUCGAGCCGGACUUCACAACCUGACGCUGAUGUGUUCCAUCACAUCCAUCGCACUGCGGUCUGAACAUGCGCCGCUGCCCGAACGGGAAAAAGUUUGCUUGAAGAUUGAACAUACACAAAAAUAUAGAUUUUUCAACAUUUUAAAAUUUGUUGGUUUCCAGGUUUAAAUAAUAAUAAUAAAAAAAAACAUUCCAGGUUUUUCAGUGUAGUCUCAGAUUUUGGACCUCACCGUAUAACUUUAAUGGAACAUGCAGAAUGCUGGAAGCUGUAUUGAGAAUGGAAAGCUAUCUGUGUAGCAUAUAUAAUAUAAUAUAUUUGCGCACACACACACACGCACACACACACACACACACACACACACACACACACACACACACACACACACACACUUAUGAACACAGCGGUGACUCCAGAAAGACAAUUUAUUUUAUUUUUUUUUUUUUUUAAGAUGAAUCGUCUUUGAAGAUCAAAAGCGAAACCGUAGCAUUUGAUGUGCUCUCGCGUGAUUGUUCGGUUCUCGGGUUGUGAGUGUUUUGCUCUGUGUGGACAGUGUGGAAAUGUUUCAGUGGAAAAAUCAGUCAGUCCACCAAAACCUGUUUAGGUGUCAUCAUUUAUCAGAAAUGAACACAACAUACUUUGCUUUAUGUGCAAUUCCUGGAUCAAAAUAAAUUGUGAUUGCUUCUUA